AGGUUGGCAUGGCGACAAAUAUUCCACCUCAUAAUCUUUGUGAGCUUGUGGAUGCUCUCACAAUGUUGAUUCAUAAUCCUGAUGCUUCGCUUCAAGAACUGCUGGAAUACAUGCCUGGUCCAGACUUCCCAACAGGAGGGCUGAUCAUGGGGAAUAUCGGAAUUUUGGAAGCCUAUAGAAGUGGUCGGGGACGUAUAAUAAUUAGAGGGAAGACUGAAGUUGAGUCCCUAGAUGAGAAGACAAAACGCAUAGCAAUUAUCAUUAAAGAGAUCCCUUACCAGACAAACAAAGCUGCACUAGUGGAGAAAAUUGCUGAACUAGUUGAAGAUAAG